CAUCGCCAAAGAUGGUACGCGCGCGCGCUCUGGUUUAAUUUCUUCUGUCCAUCUCCACUGAGAGUCUGAGACCAACACAACCCCACUGCAGCUGGACGCUCGCAUAGCAGGCUAGGGAGAACCGGAGCAGGGAAGCACCUCCCACACCCAUCCAUCCACCAGCACCAGCGACGUACGGUACGAUCUAGCUUGGAUCCAUGGACUCCAAGGAAAAGAAGCCCCAUCUGCUGCAUGUGAGUGCGACGGUGGCCCAGAAGACGACGGCCGCUCGUCCGGCUGCUGUCGCGCUGAUCAGCACAUGGGCGCUCUUCACCGCCUUCGGCUUCGUCCUCAACAACGGAAUCAUCUCCCUGUACUCUCUGCUGACGGAUGGGCUCACUGCCGAGGUGAACGCCCUACACGUCGGGAGGCUGUGCUGCGCCGAACUCCAGGUGGCCGCGGCGGUGCUGGCUCUGCGGCUCCCGUGCCGCCGCGUCUGGGCCCGCUACGCCUUCGCCUACCUCGCCCUCGCGCUCACCACUGUCGGUCACUGCAUGUUCACCGCUCAAGUCCGCCUCUUAAUCAUCGCCGACCCAGGAGACGACUUCUUCAGGAUCUUGUGCGGCGUCGCCAUCUUCAUGUACGCUGUGGCCGAUAUCGUCGGCUUCCUGGUCCUCCUCCUCGUGGAAGGUGAGGAGGAGUAGGACAGACGCACGGCAAGCAGCUCAUCAGGUACUGCAGUCCGUGGAUCAGCUCAUCAUGAUCUUCCCAAGGAAUAAUGUCGAGUAUGCAUGCAUUGUGCUGUGACGCAUGUGUGAAUCUGCUAGCUAGUGUAAUGUUAAUCAGAGUAGUAUUUGUGUGAUGUGUCAGAUCAUCUCCCUAGCUAGAUUGUGGUUGUCUUCAAUGAAUUUGAGAUCUUUUUCUGUGUGAACUGUGAACAUACAUCGGUUAUAUGGUACUCCGUAUUAUGUUAAUCGGUUAUAUGUCUCCAUAAUUGCUAUGAUGGUGAAAUUGGUACUCCAGUCCA